UAAACACAGGUAACAAUCUUUGGUGGUUAAUAGGAAAGACUGGAAUUUUCCAGGAGGCAAUACAACCUGUUAUGCAAGUCAUCUGCAUAAAUCAUCUGACCACUGUAGUUUCAUAUAGGCGGUGUAAAACUCUGGUUCAAACCAGACACUAGCAGCCCAGGUGAUACUUUCUAAUGCCUUCAGAGCUCUUCAGAACUUUUCUUCGCUCUUAUUCUUUUAAACUCUAGGUGGGCGAACCACAGCCAUGCUUCAGGUUUCUCCAAGUGCUGAGUUCGCCUGUUUUGGUCCAAGGGAUUUAGAGAGAGUGACCACUGAAGAUGCAGAUGCCCCUUCACUUGCCAGCUGUGGAAGGCUUCGCUCCUGUUCACUUUAUGCUCCCGAGGAUUCAGGAGUGAUCAACACAGACAGAAACUUCAGAAGACCACGGUCCAGAUCCUUCUACACGUUAGAGCCUGAUGACACCGGUGAGGACAAGGCCAGCAGGUCCAGUGCUGAUAGGCAAGGCUUGUUUCAGGCGGACACUGGGAAGAAAGAUGACGGACAAAUCAUCCACCCCAAACUGCCACCAAAAAGAUCCACAGCAACCAAACACAAACAUCUCAAAAAAGACCAUGCAGGGUGCAAAGGCAGUCUGAAGAGUGUUCCAAUGCUGACCAUCUCAGAGCCGGACAGCUGGGAGAUCAGCUCUUCCUCUGGGAUGAAGUAUGGCCAGUAUGUGGACUGGGAGAAGAUUGACCCCGAGUCUGCCAUCCGUUACCAGGAAAUCAUCUCCAGUGACCAUGCCAAACUGAAAGAGUUGGGUCGCUCUGGAUUCUGGACCAUGCCGCAUACACUUCGGGCCAAAGCCUACCACCACAUCAUCCACUGCAUUGAACAUCGGGCCAGCACGAUGGACACGGAUACCUACCGGGACCUUUCUGGACAACUGUUUGAAGAACAGAGGACGAGCACACAUCCUUUCCCAAAAUUCAUGGAAAAUGGGGAGAUUCCACGCUACUGUCUGAACAAAGCGGGUCUGAACUCGGUAAAGAAGAUCCUGCUUUGCAUUAGCCAGAACUUCCCUGAGAUUACUUUUUGCCCAAUUUUGCCAGCUCUGGUGUCCCUCUUGCUUCACUACAGCGAAGAUGAGGCCCAGUGCUUCCACAGCAUCUGUUCUCUGUUGUUCUACACAGACCCAGAAAAGCGCUACAUCGACCAGACCUUCCUCACCACCCAUGCUUCCUGCAUGACGUUCGGGGACCUGGCCAACAAAUACUGCAGAGGCAUCCGCAAGCUAAUCGCCAGCUCCCACCAGAGCCUUUUUGAGUUCUACUCCGACUGGAUCAUGUGGAUCUUCGCCGAUCUGCCCUUCAGCUAUGCUAUCAGAGUGCUAGACGUCUACCUGAUUGAGGGAUACAAAGUCCUGUACCGGGUUGCACUGGCACUCCUCUGCCUCUACAAGGUCUCUGUGAGCUCCCGGUUGGCCCAUGUGGACGACUUCAGGCAGGACAUGAAAAGGUUUGUGCAAAAUGUGUCUCGGCAUAGCAGCAUCGAGGCCCUUCUUCAGAGAGCCUUCAGCAUCCAGCUGCCCACUCGUAGGGAGCUCAACUUCCUCUACAAUGCCAACAAGCAGGCACUGAUUCAAAGAGGGAUCCAGAAUCAGAGCUCGUACCAGAGUGUGGAGCUGGGGGGGUUCUGCUCCAGCGUUGUGUCCGAGACGGAGAUGCGGGUGGUUUGGGCCUGGAUCCCAGAGCGCUUUGCUCUCUUCAGCCCCGCACGACUCUUCAGCACCACUGACCACAGCAGGAGUCUGACCUCGUUUUAUUCUCGGGUGGAGGGUCAUGAGCCGACAGUGCUGCUGCUGAAAACAGUGGAUGAGGAGGUCUGUGGAGCUUUCUUAUCUUCAGACUGGACUCUGAGGGACCACGAUGGAGAGAAGCUCCAGUUCUUCGGCACUGAGGAGUGCUUCGUUUUCACCCUGAGGCCGGGGAUGGAGCGCUAUCAGAGAACCGUGCUUCAUAUCUCUGGGAUGGCAGGAACCUCACCUUCAUCCUCCUGCAGCUCCUCCCACCCUGCUGGGUCCAAUUGGGAUCCAAAGUACCUGUCCGUCCCAUUCUCACCUGAGCCUCACCUGCCCAAAGCCAGGUUCAUGGCUGGAGGUGAUGAGAUGCUUUUUAUCGGUGGUGAUGGGGGUCAUGCUCUCUCUCUGUUUGCUGACCUCUCUGUCGGUCAGUCUGAAGGCUGCGCUACGUUUGAGAGUCCAGUGUUGUGUCGGGGCAAAUUCAGGAUCCAGAGUCUGGAAGUUUGGGGCAUCCAGCAUACGCUGGCCCUCCCACACACCCCACCACACGUCCCUUCCCACACACCACCGCGGGCCUAGAGCCAAAACCCACAGAGGUGAACAAGGCCGAACGCACAGCUGACGUCAUUUUAUAGCCCUUUUAUUGUGACUUUAAUUUAUUCUGAACACGUUCUAUGACGUCUGAAGGUCAAUGUAUAACUACAUAAACAGUCUGAUUGGUAUUUCUGUCACUUAUUACUGCACAGAGGAAUGAAAAUUGUUAGUUCGCCUUAUUUCCGUUCCAGACGCUUCUGUUUCUUUAUCACAAAAAACAGACUGAAAAGGUUUAAAGCAUUUUCCUUCACUCACUCAGCCCCUCAUUUCACAUUAAACGCAGUCAAAAAGGAUAUCCAAUAACACAACUAGCUUAAAAUGAAUGUUGCUGGUGUUUGUUUGUGUGCUUUCCAAAGGUGUCCAGUGUCAUUUUGAGCACCUGUUUUUAUACACUUUGUAUUUCAUAAACAAUAAAUGAAGAAAAAAACUAACA